AUGGGUACAUGUUAUAGUAAACGUUCAGCUUGCUAUAAUUUGAAAGACUGUCAUCAAACGAUAACAAAUACAGAUAUAUAUCUAUUAAAUCCACCUGAAACACCAGCUACAUUACGGCGUUUUAGUAGUUUAAGACAUAGUGUUAAAUCAUUAUCAUCAAUGGCUCAUCAUCGACGAAGUCUACGUUAUAAACCAAUAACAAUUAUUAUGAGUCCAAAUAAACAUUCAACUAUUGGUGGUGGACAUAGUAGUUCAAGAAAAAAACAUCGAUGUAUUAUACAAUAUAAUGCAACAAAGGAAGCACUUGUUUAA